ACAAAAUGUGAGGGAUAAGAAAGCAUACACCACUUUCUCAAAGUAGGUGUACAAUGGAAAAGUGUAGCAGUCCUAAAACGGCGAGCAAAGUUGUUAUUAUCCAGAGGAGAUGCGCAAUCAUCUGUGCGUAAAAGUGAGCCACAGCGGGCAGAAGAAGUAAAACCUCUGCGGUGGAUGAAACGUUUUAUCGGAUGUGAUGGAUGCGUCAGAGAACCUUUGGGGCGUAACAAAAAGCGGACACUGUGGGGAACAAGCAUUUUGACUGUUAAAGUUGAUGUCUGCUUUCCGGAGUUUGGCGACAGGGUCGGAGCGGAGCGCGCAGAGGGGCAGCAGAUGCUGGACAGUGACUAAGCCUUACGGCUGGGAAGCUCAAGAAUUUAAUUUGUUUGGACUGCAGACUUUAUGUAAGAAGUAGGACAAGUAUAACGCCGCCCAACUAGUUCUUUCCGUCAUGCGUGAAGACGCUUCUUGUUGUUAUGACAGACAUCAGCGCUGAAGGUUCAAUUCUACAGAAAAGUUAUAGCUAGCUGAUCCCACAACUCCUGAGGGAGUUAGUGGAAAGUUUGGUCGUUUACAUUCUACUGUCUACCUCUCAUCAAGAUGGAGGAGAAUGUGGUGUCUGCAGUGGCCGACAGCUGCUCGGACGGGGAGAGCAUCAACCUCAGCGUGCUCAACUGGGAGCAAGUGCAGCGGCUGGACGCCAUCCUCACCGGCUCCAUCCCCAUCCACGGCCGGUGGAGCUUCCCCACUCUGGAGGUGAAGCCACGGGAUAUCGUCAAGGUGGUCCGGAGCCGCAUGGAGGAGAAGCGGAUACAUGUCCGGGAGGUGCGACUGAACGGCUCUGCUGCCAGCUACGUUCUUCAUGAGGACAGCGGUCUGGGGUGGAAAGAUCUAGACCUAAUAUUCUGCGCCGAUCUGAAAGGAGAAAUGGAGUUUCAGAUAGUGAAAGAUAUAGUUUUGGACUCUCUUCUAGACUUCUUGCCGGAGGGAGUGAACAAAGAAAAGAUCACACCAGUGACCUUAAAGGAGGCCUAUGUGCAAAAGAUGGUGAAGGUUUGCAAUGACUCAGACCGCUGGAGUCUCAUCUCGCUUUCCAACAACCGUGGAAAGAACGUGGAGCUCAAGUUUGUGGACUCUCUUCGACGGCAGUUUGAGUUCAGCGUGGACUCCUUCCAGAUUCGCUUGGAUUCACUUCUACUCUUCUAUGAGUGCUCUGAGCACCCAAUGGCUGCCACUUUCCACCCUACAAUCCUUGGGGAGAGUGUCUACGGUGAUUUCCCCACCGCCCUUGAUCACCUGCGCAAGCGCCUCAUUUGCACAAGGAGCCCCGAGGAGAUCCGAGGCGGGGGCUUGUUGAAGUACUGCCACCUGCUGGUGCGGGGUUUCCGCGCAGCCUCUGAUGCUGAGAUGAAACUGCUGCAGCGCUACAUGUGUUCACGCUUCUUCAUAGACUUCCCUGAUGUAAGCGAGCAGAGGAGAAAGCUAGAGUCCUACUUGCAGAACCACUUUGUGGACCUGGAGGACAGAAAGUACGACUAUCUGGCCACAUUGUACGAUGUGGUGCAGGAGAGCACGGUGUGCCUGAUGGGUCACGAGAGGCGCCAGACGCUCAACCUCAUCUCGUCGCUAGCAUUGCGAGUCAUGGCUGAGCAGAACGCCAUCCCCAAUGCUGCCAAUGUCACCUGCUUCUACCAACCGGCUCCUUAUGUCUCAAAUGGCAACUUCAGCAACUAUUACGUAGCGCAGGUUCAGCCUGUCUACUCCUGUCCUCCCUCGCCUCAUCAGCAGUACCUUCAUCAUUCACAACAUCCCAUGUAUGCCACCUGGUUGCCCUGUAACUAAACUUUGUGUACAUUCAUUCGCUUUUGUGUAACCGGUGGGAUUCAUGCACCUUUAAAAGGGAUGAAUGAUGCCAUUUUUUAUUUCUUCUUUGAAAUGGGAAAUUGAGGGAAAUGAGAAAAGGAAACACAGGAGUCAAAAUUGGGCAAAUAGCGUACAUAAAAGAAGAGAAGAAAAGAAGGAGGGGAAAUGAGGACAAGGAACAUGGAUCAAAGAAGUGGGCCAUAGAAAUGCUUUUCCCUGGGGUAUGGUGCCACAGCGGGAGGAGCUGAGCACACAAGGAGACAAGCCAAUGAGAGAGGCUGACCCAUCAGUUUUCGGGUUCUUGGUAGAGCAAACCACAGGUUGAGCUCAGCCUUGGAGAGACCAACAGCCUGGAUAUGAUGAUAUGUUCCUCAUGUGUUGUGAGUUGCAGCUCACAGAAACUGGCCACUCACAUUUUUAAUGAUGAACAUGUGAAAUUGUUUGGAGAAUGUGGGUCAUUCUCCAAACAAAAAACCAAAGCAGACACUCACAUACAGCUACAACGAGUAAUAGAGAGAUAAGAGGACACAACCAAACCCAUAUCACGUGCUGAAGAUAUUGAUUCAUGGUCAAAUAACAGUGAUCUUCUGACCUUUCUAUGUGCACUGUUGUGUAGGACUCCAAUUUCCGCAGACAAUGCAAAAUGAGGAACUGGAUACUGUUUACAAAUCCAAAGUUCUACUUUGAAAAUAAUACACAAGAAACAACAAAACAAUGCAUGCUUUAUUUCUGUACAGGAAUAAUUUUCUUUAAGUGCCUCGAUAAAUCUGAAAGGGAAGAGAUAUUUUUGUGAUUCUUUAUUAUACAGAACUGUUAAGUUGUCUAAUUGGCAGUACUGUUUUCAAGGUGAUAAUGAAUGUAUUGUGGAACAGAGAGUUUACCUAUGCUGAGUAAGGUCUCUUAUACUGAGGGAUUGUUUUUUAAACCAAAUUAUUUUUUGACAAUGUUUAGUAGAAGUCUCAACUUGUAUCUGCAGUCCUGCUGCACAUCCUGGUUACCAAAGAGGAAGUAACAAAAUUAUCUCAUCAUCUACAGAGAGAGAAAGGGGGAAGGCAGUGGUUGGAUAAAAACAUGCUUACACCAGUAAAACAGAUGGUUGUACAGAAUGGAUACGAAGAGGGAGAGGUUUGUCAAAAAUAGAGCAAGUGUGAGAACGUGGCUGGAAAGUCUCUGGAAAAGCUCUAAAUUGCAGUUUUAUUGACACCGUUGAUGACCAAAAAGCUGUUCAUUACAUACAGAAGAUAAUAUAAAUAUCUAUGGGGGAUGACAUGCAACAAAUAGAAAUGUUUUUGAAAUGUGUAAAAAAAAAAAAAAAAUGCCUAUUAAGAUUUCAAAAUGUUAUUUCGUUACGUGACCCUUUAUCAAAAUACAUUUGAGCCAUAUGCUGACGUGGAACAAAUUGAAAGGUGCCCUGUGGAUUUUCUCAAAACUAAAAUACAUAGUGUGUGUCCCUGAGGUAUAACAAAACGUGCUGAAGCCACUUCUUUAUUCUCUUCAUAAAACAUUUGUAAAAUGUAAACAUUGUUUAAGUCCAUGUUUGCUAGCUUGCAGUCUUCUUCUUUACUGCCAUUGUUGGCGUAUUACCAUGCUUUGUGCAUUACUGCCAUUCAUGAUACAAAUUCACUGGUAUGAAAAAAAACACUCUUUUUGUGUGAGUAGUCAAAAACCCUAUAGGGCACCUUUAAAUUUCAAAUUUAUGACAAACAGAAAAGUAAAGCAAAUAUGUUAUGUGUUUGGAAUACAUUCUGAAACAGGGACAACCACUUUUAUAAAUUAACACUGGAAAGAUUAAAUACAUUUCAUUCAUUUAAAUAUCUUCUACUUCAUCUUUAAUAUUUACUUUACAUAGUUUGAACUCAGUCAAAGAGAUGUGGGCUUCAUGAAAAAAGAAAAACAUCUUUCCAUGUGUAAGACAGAAAAUGAUACCGAUCAAGAGAGUGAGUUAGAUGUGCAUCCUUGUUAUGACGUCUGCUAAUAUCUGCAGACCUCACAGAGAUCUAAUGAGCUGUUUGUUUGUCAUAAUGGUGGAGAUUGGAUUGUGUUUUCAGUGAUGUUGCAGCAGAGUAACUUUUGAAUGGACAGGCGUGCAAGUGCACUCCUAGAAGAGUCAGAUACUCAGCAGAGGAGAACAUUACAAAAUGUUCCACAUUAAGCCAGGAAAGGUUCAAAGAUGAUGAAUGGUGAUGAAUAUAGGCCAAUAUAUAUUUCAUCUCUCUUUUUCUGUUUUUAUGGAAAAGAAUCAGAGUUUGAGAUAUGUGGAAAUUUGGGCUGCAUAUGCAGUUGACAGCUGUCAAAGUUGUAUCUCCUCCUAGCAUGAAAAAGUACCAAACAGAGAGGAAAUAAUGUUAAAAAUGUAGAAAACAGACAAAGACAAUCACGGAAAUAUUUGGACAGCAAUAAGACAGAGUUGAGAGUUUUGUAUUAUCACAAAAACAAAAGGUGUAGAAGUCAUAUUUUUUAAGUGCAAGAUCUUCAUCAUAUUCUCGCAAACUUGUCAGAUCUCAUAUUUUUCUAUCAAUCUCUAUUUUUGUACAGUUUGGGCUGAUGUAGCAGGCAGAUCCAAAGCUGUGUUUUUGAGUCUAAAGAGUAUUUUUUUUCUUGUGAUGUGUGCAAAUUUGUUUUUAUUUGGCUAUGCCGAUUAACUUCAUUAUCAUCGUAUGUGAGCUAUUUCAUAUGGAUUUCUGUUGCUCCAAAGAGAUUGUUUAACUGUUCCGUAUGUGUUUUUAACUGCAGUCCCGUUUGGACACAGAAAUAAUGAUCUGAUAAUGUGUUCAAGAUGACAAACUUCAUAAUUAAAGAAAGAAAAAAAAGAUA